GGCCGCCGCCAUUUUGUCUGGGAGUGUAAAUGUGAAAGGGAAAGCCGGCUGCGCGCAGCCCGCGGGACGAGGCGCGGCGCGGCGGGGCCCGGCGCGGCCGGGGAGGGGCGAGGGGGUCGCCGCUACACCCCAGAGCACCGCGGGAAGAGCCCCUGUGAGCGGCGGCGGUCGAGAGGAACCGGGUGAGGCGGAGCCCGGCGAGGACUCCCCGCUCGUCCUCGCCGCAUCGGAGAGGGCUGCCGGCGCCCUUCCCCCGGGGAGCCUGCGCUCGCCCCCCGGCCGCGCGGGAGCCACUGCCCCGGUCUUGCUGCGGGUCCGCGCCGAUGAUGUCGGGGCAGUCGAUCACCGACCGCAUCACGGCGGCGCAGCACAGUGUCACCGGCUCGGCCGUCGCCAAAGCCGUCUGCAAGGCCACGACCCACGAGGUGAUGGGCCCCAAGAAGAAGCACCUGGACUAUCUAAUACAGUGCACAAAUGAAAUGAAUGUGAAUAUUCCGCAGUUGGCAGACACGCUCUUUGAAAGAACUGCAAACAGUAGCUGGGUUGUAGUGUUCAAAGCUCUAAUUACAACACACCACCUCAUGAUGUAUGGGAACGAGCGCUUUAUCCAGUAUCUUGCAUCCCGAAACACUUUGUUCAACUUAAAUAACUACCUGGACAAAAGUGCCAUGCAGGGCUAUGAUAUGUCUACCUUCAUUAGGCGAUACAGCAGAUACUUGAAUGAAAAAGCACUUUCAUAUAGACUUGUAGCAGUUGACUUCACCAAAAUGAAAAGAGGGACAGAUGGAGUGAUGAGAACCAUGAAUGCUGAAAAGCUUCUGAAAACACUUCCUAUCAUACAGAAUCAGCUUGAUGCACUCCUUGAUUUUGAUGCAAAUCCAAAUGAACUAACAAAUGGUGUUAUAAAUGCUGCCUUUAUGCUCCUCUUUAAAGAUUCCAUUAGACUUUUUGCAGCAUACAAUGAGGGGAUUAUUAAUCUUUUAGAAAGAUAUUUUGAUAUGAAGAAGAACCAGUGCAAAGAAGGCUUGGAUAUAUACAAAAAAUUUCUAGCCAGAAUGACCAAAUUAUCAGAGUUCCUCAAAGUAGCAGAGCAAGUUGGAAUAGAUCAGGGUGACAUUCCAGAUCUUACUCAGGCACCCAGCAGCUUGCUUGAAGCACUGGAACAACAUUUGGCUUCUGUGGAGGGAAAGAAGACAAAAGAAGUCUCCACUGCCAGCAGAGAUCGUGCACUGUCCAGUGCUGUUUCCACACUUGCCAAUACAGGAAUGUCAUUUAGCAGGAUGGAUGAGAAGGAAAAGCAGCAGGCAUUGGAGGAGGAACAAGCUAGACUGCAGGCACUUAAGGAGCAGCGAUUAAGAGAGAUUUCUGUAGUGUCAAAUUCUACUUCCACAUCAGCAUCCCCAAGCACCUUAUCAGGAAAAAGUGUGAAUACAACUGUGGCUGUUGAUCUCUUUGCAGUACCAGCUCCCACAACAAAUAGCAUGCCCAACCUCUCUAGUGAUCUUUUUGAUCUUCAGCCUGCAUUUGUUCCAACAGUGCAGAGUACUCCAGCUAUAUCAACAACAGCAAGCAGUGCUUGGGGAGGUCCUUUCUCGUCCUCAAAUGGUUGUGUUGGUUCUCCACCUCAUCUGGACAUCUUUGACAUGAAGCCAGUUGAAGAAGCUGUAAAAUCUACCACCCCUUUCAUCAAUUCUACUUUUCCCUCCAAACAAACAGUGGAACUGUUUAGUGAUGACUUUACUGGUCAUAAACCUGCAUAUGCUUCUGUGUAUCAUCCUCUGACUGUUGAUGGUUUUCCUCUUCAUUCAGCUCCUCCAAGUACCACCUCUUCAGCAAUUAAUGUAGACUUUGAUGCUGUUUUCGGAGGGAAAUCUACAACAACAGAGUACAGGACUACAACUGAUGAUGUAUUGCAACCCACAGUACCCCCACAAAGUCAAAGAGCCACUUUAGCCAACCAGCAAAGCGGAAAAAUUUUGGCAAAUGACCUCGAUUCUUCCCUUGCUAAUCUAGUGGGAAAUCUCGGCUUUGGAGGAACUCCAUCCAAAAAAUCAGAUAUGCAGUGGACCCAGCCUACAGAGAAAAAACUUACUGGUGGAACAAACUGGCAAGCCAAAACAAGCACAUCGACCACAUGGAACCCUACUCCCUUACCCACUAUCCCACAUAUGAAUGGAGUACACUAUCCUGGAUAUGUACCUGCUCCUAUCACAUACCCAGUGACCCCACCUCAAGUGCCUGUGUAUGGAAUGGUACCUCCUCAGAUUGGAGCUGCUCCUUUGAUGGCACCCCAGUCAAUGAUGUAUACACAGCCUGGUCUAAGGCCAACAAAUCCUUUUGCACCUGUUUCUGAAACUCAGGUGGACUGUUUUCUUUCAUCUUGAGAUGGCAUUGAAAAGUUUUGACAAAAGCAAGCAAAUGUUUCAUGAAGUGCUACUAAUGUAUUUCUGCAUUUGAAAGGGAGAGGUUGCUCCAUCAAGGGCAACAGCUUUUGCUGGUGAGAAAGUAAAUUCAGAUGGUGACACAGUGCAAAUGUAGGAAGCAAGGAAGAAAGUAAAAAUUGGAGAAAAUCAGAGAUUCAGUGGCUAACUUACUGCUAUGUCAGUAUUAAUAAAAUUGGAGGGGUGAAAAUACGUAGAAUUUAGGCUAGCUGUGACAGUAGCUGGGUGCUUGGUUUAGUCUUGCUGACUGGAGCAGUGGUGAAAACUUUGUGAAUACUCAGGUGGUAGGGAGGGAGAAAAAGGUAUGGGCAAGAAAUCACCCAAGUUGCAGAAACUGUGUACUCCUGUCCUCCAAAUAUGUUGGUCUUAAUGUUCCUUGGGGAUUUUAAAGUGCCCGACUAUAGCUUGCAAGGAACAAGGCAGUAGAAUAGAUUGAUGAUUCUAAAACACUGAGAAACCAUGUGUUAUGUGAGUGCAUUAAUAUGUAAUCUCUACUUCACAGAUACAAUUUAUGUAGAGCCGCCAAAGCAGCAAGAUGUGAGAUCAACCAAAUACUGGUAAAAAAAGAAAAGACUGAAUUUCAGUUUUUCCAUGAUGUAUUCCUGAACAGGGCAACUGUUUCUUCCCUGUAUAAUAAGAUAUUAUUUUGAAUUGCGAUGCUUUAGAGAUUCUUGUUUAUAACAGUCACUGCAGUAUGAAGUCAUGUUUGUUCACUUUUUUUUUAAUGGCUCAGCAGAAAUCUGCAUUGAGGUUUACUCAGAGGGUGCAAGUUAGAUUAUCAUCUGCAAAGCUGAGAAGAGGGGGCUACAUGAUUGCUCUACAACCUUCUUCAUCAGUGGAUUACCUUAGGGAGUUAACUGAGGAUGUCAAAGCUAUUUAUUUUCUCCAUAAAUUCUGUGGCUGUUGUAACCAAGACACAAUAUAAAUGAAGUUGAGCAAUAAAAAUCAUGUGCUCUAAUAAAUACCCUGAUAGAGCAAUGCUUGUAUUAUCAUAAGGCAAAUAUUGUGUGGAAUCAGACAGCUUUUUUGGAUUAGAAUAGCUUAUAGUAAUUUGCAAACUUUAUAAUGUGAGUUUGAAAUGCUGUGAAUCAACAAGAUAUAUACAUAUUGCAUAUAUAUAUAAAUAAUAAAUUGCUCCAUUGGUAUGUCAGUGUCACGUGGCUAGUUGAAACAGCCAGGCUCUGAUGUGGACUGAAAGUCUGUGAUGGAGUAGGAAAAACAAGUGUGUGACAGAACAGCAAUGUGCAGCCUCUGGCAGGUGAGGGGCCUGCCCUUCCAUCAAGCCUCAUCUCUGCAGAAAACAUUGUUCAUAGCUCUGGGAGCCAGGGAAUGUAGGUAUCCCCAGUCACCAAACGGGAGCCAUCUGAAAAUCUUGUUGCUGACUGCAAAAGAGGCAAGAGAUCCAAUUUUUUUUUAAAAAAGUUCAUUAGGUCAUGAGAAGCAAACCUUGCAAUAGUGCUGACACUUGUGAACUGGCAAUUACUUUGGAAUUUUCCAGCUGUAGAGAAUAGCUUGUGCUGCUUUUCUGAGGUAAGAACCUAGUUGUAAACCAUGUAAAAGUAAUUAUUUUUAAAUGUGUAAAUAUGCGCCAACUUUUAGGUAGUCUUUAGUGCUGCAGUAAUCUUUUUCUUCUGUAGUAAUUUCAAGGUAAAAAUUCUAUGUUAAGAAAUCCAGACUUUUUUUAGUGAAAAAUCUUUUAAAUCAAGUAAUUUAUGAAGUAUACUAUUCAUGAUGGGUCAGAUGUGCAAGGUCUUCUGGCACAUCUUUUGUAUUUAGCAAUCUUUCUUCAAAACUGCAAUUGGCUAUGAAAAGGCCUUACCUUGUAUUUUUCAAAGUCUGAUAAGAAGUGAUAGCAUUAAAAAAAAGUAAACAAAUUUGGGAGCAACCUUUCUUCCAGAAGUUUUGUUGCAAAAUACAAUGAAAAGCUCUCCUGUAAAAUUACUUCUGCUAAUUAUUAAUACUAAAGCUGGGUUUUCAAAAAACUAAGUUUUCUAUUGUUACCAUAAAUAGACCUCCAGAGUAGUGUGUCUUGUAUCUGUUGGGGAGUCUGUAAUUGCAGAAAUAUCUGACUCUCUCUGUAAAUGCAAAUAGGCCUGAGAAUCUUGUCAAGCUGUCCUGCAGAGAAUUUGUAAAGUGCAGCACUUUCCUUAUAGUGGGAACAAGCUUUCUCUUUUUCUAAAUGCUUUAUUCUGUCCAAAGAGUGCAAAAGUAGUAUUUCUUAACUCUAUAGAAAUAUUUUUGCCAAGUGAAACAACUCAAAAGAAACAAAUUAAAAAAACAUUCCCUAACCAUUGGAAUCUGUAACCACAAACUUCCUGGGAAAUGUAUCCUUGCAGAAAUUUAAAUCUCAGAGCUUCUCAAUGUGUACUGAUUUGAAAAAUAAUUUGGACUGGUAUAUAGCAAUUUAAUGUUCAAGUUUGAAUUAUAAAGGGCUGCAAGCUUUAAUCCACCUUUAUUGGGUUGAACAAUUGUACAGUUUUAAGCCAAUGAGUUCUUCAGUGCCUAUGGUUACCCUCCACACGUUGAGGGAAUAGAUGCCAUUUAGAAUGGGGCAUUGUGUUGAAGGGACUGUUUAUUUAAGAAAUACUGGAUUCCAUUGAUUUAUUCAGCGUUGAAAAGUCUUGAGUUCAAAUUAGUAAUAAAUGUCAGGGCAUUAACGACAGCACUGAGGGCGCUACAAGCAGGCAGUUCCUAGCACUGUAAGCUGUUAGGUCUCUUUCUCAUACUGAGUUGUAGAAGUAAUAAUUAUUUAAAUAAAAUAUGCAAAUAAAUGCCUGGCAAACAGUAUAUAUUGGUUAACUUUAUUGCAGAGCAUUCUGAAUAUCUGGAAUGUACAUCACUCAGAAAUUGAUUUAGUACUAGGUAUAGUUGCACUACUUCUGAUUUGCUCUGGAUUUUGUAAUGGUUCUUGGGUAGGUUUUCUUGUAGCAAAGCUGUCUGAUACAGAUUUAUUCAGUGUUAAAGGAGUAACAGCCACAAAGUAUAUCUUAAAAACUUUAUAAGCUACCUUCUUUUUGGUGUCGUUCAGAAUGUUUGAUACAUUAAGACAUGGCUUUCAAGAUUUAUCUUUAUGAAGAAAAGAUUGCUUUACCCACUUCUCUCUGCACAAAAGCACACAGGACUGCUUUUUGCCAACCUCUGCCUUGUGCACAUACUGGAACGCAUAAAAUUGCAGAGCACAGUGUUUUAAAUAACACAGUUCAUACAUCAGAAGUAAAAAACCAAGGACUUAGGAUGCUGUCAAGGCUUUCAUGACUCAGAACUUGUUCUCCAAGAAAACACUUUGAAGACAAAGGUUGUUCUUGAGGGUAACUAAUAGUCCUCAAGUGUUGCGAGGAAUAGUGAAACACUGAAGAGAGAUGUAUAUAAAUGUGACUUUCCCUUUUGUUUCCUUCCAACUGGUGUGAUCAGAAUCCUGUUCUGAAUACUUCAGAGAGCAGAUGACUAAGAUGUCACUCUGUGUUUGUCUGAACAAGGAGGAAGACUUACAGUGUACUGUGUGCUGUGCAUUGUUGUACUUUAGUGGGUCAUUGAAGCCUAACUGUUGGGACUUCAUGCUGCUGCAGGAAGGCUCUCUGUCCUGGGAUAUACCAUAAGGUAACUUCUGGGGGAAUUUGGAAAGGUUGAUUGUGUUAGGUCUGAUGGACUGGAAAGUGUACCUCUUUUUAAAUAACUGGGGUUUUCUAUUGUUCUCUAGAUAUAGUUUGAAUUUGCCUCCAAGAAGUUAUUGAAUUGAUUUUUUUUUUUAAUUUUGGAAACGUGUACUAGAGAAAUCUCAGUUCUGUGCACAUAGUGAUGGAAUACUUAUAGGUAAAAUAACCAAUGGACUUUUGUUUAAAAAAAAGAAAAAAACAACCCACACUCAAAAAAUCCAAUAGCAAAAAACCUGACUACAAGAUUGAAUACAGGGUGUAUCUCCAUUUGGGUUUUUUGAUGUGUGGCAGGGAGGGUGGGGUUACAAUUAGAAUAGAAUGCACUGUGGAUCGGUGCUGAAUUUGUACAUAAAAAGGAGAACUUUGUUUUGGGUAGUUUGUAUUGUAAGGACAACAUCUAAAGGCACUGUGUAUCAGUCAUUUAUUUCCAUUUAAAAGAUUAUAUUUUUGAGCAAUGGAAACUACAUGUUAUCAUUUAUACAUUACUGAUAGGUAGGAAUAUAGAAAACCUGUUGCUAUUACUCUGCAGAUGUAUUUGACUUACUGAUAUAUACAUGGCUGCACCACUACGCAGAUUCUCAUGAUCAUUUAUUUAAAGAGAUUGUAGUAACUGGUACAGUUACAGCAGGAAUUGUAACAUCGAGUCUUUCAGUAUAUCUCAGAUGUGUGUCCUUGUGAUUAAGUUUAAUCCUUUACCAAAUAUUUGGCUGGAAUAUCAUGUUGGAGCAAUUAUGAAAUAGGUGCUGGAACAGAUUUCCUUCAUCCCAACCCACACUUUACGUUAUUUAUUUAAUAGGUCUUGUUUUGUAUGGUAUGUUUCUCCCCAUAACAGGUUUGUGCCUUUUAUUGGAUAUUUAUUUAAAAGGAGCUACUAUAAUUUAGGUUGUUCAGGCUUUUUUUCAGAUGUAUUCUUGUACAGCUGUUCCUUUACAUGGAUUCCUUCAUUUUAUAAGAAUACAGAAUCUGUGGAAAAUAUACUAGCCACAAACUGGAAAAAAAUGAGGGUUUAUGUUCUAUGAAUUAAUAAUUUUUUUAAAAGAAGCCUAAGCACAAGACUGGCUGUGUUGAUAUUUUAAUUGUGGAACUUCACAAUUUGUUAAUACACAAACUGUUUGUUUUAUAAAAACUGCUCAUAUCCAAUUAUUUGAUGAAACAAGUUUUGGAAAAAAAUAAACUUUGGCACAUGCAA